AUGGAACCUAAUAAUCCUUCACAAAAUAACAAUGAUAAUGUUUAUCCAUCAAAUAUAAAUUGCAACUAUAAUCAACCCAUGAUGAACAAUAAUAAUAGUUCAAUGCCUUAUGGAGAUGCUAAUUCACAUUUUCAACCAUCUAUGGCCAACUCUAAUGCUUCAGCUCAAUCGCACCCUUCGACAUAUGCCUCACAUACUGGUCAUGCUAAUGCCAAUCCACCGCUAUCCGCAAACUAUAUUCCUAACCCUAGCCUUCUCCAACCAAGUCAUAACAUCCUUUGUUUUGACAUUCCUGGCUUUAAGAUUAUUAUCAUUCCU